GAAAGAAAGAAAGAAAGAAAGAAAGAAAGAAAGAAAGAAAGAAAGAAAGAAAGAGUCCACCUGGAGGAGGCAGCUUAGGGUUGUCUCUGAGUUGAAACUUGAAUCUUUUCAGUAAAGACACACCUCUUUCAGGGUAUUAUGCAAAAUUCUCUACUUCAAAUCAAAGGACAGGAAAUAUGAAAUGCAACAGCCAGAAUCCAUAGGCUGUCACAUAGAUCAGUUUAUCAACUCUUGACAAAAAAAUUAGGAGGCUUGUAGUGAUGGAACCAUUGGAAUAAAUGCCCUGAAAUUGUCUGAAAGCUGGAUUUUUAGGAAACUUGCUGCCUCCAUACUAGCAGGUUUUUGCAGCAUUAACAUUGUUCCUGCUCUCUUUUCUUUUUUUAAACCCUCUGUUUCUCAUGCAAGAUUAUUUUUUAACUACAGUGGGAUGAACCUGUGGCAAAAGAUUUUGAUUCCUUUGGUAGGAAUGGUCUUGGCCAUCUAUUUUUAUUCAGGAAAAGAAGAGUUUAAACCUGAAAUGUUGAAAGGGAAGCGGGUGAUUGUUACUGGAGCAAGCACUGGAAUUGGCGAGCAGAUAGCAUACCACCUAGCACAGAUGGGUUCUCAUCUCCUGAUUACUGCACGGACAGAAGCCCAGCUCCAGCAAGUGGUUGCUCAUUGCUUAGAGUUGGGUGCAGCAUCUGCCAGGUACAUUAAUGGCAGUAUGGAAGAUAUGAAAUUUGCUCAGGCUGUGGUGAAGAAAGCAGAGGUAUUAUGGGGAAGUCUAGAUAUGCUGAUUCUGAAUCAUAUUGGCAGGUCUUACUUCAAUUAUUUCAAUAGGGACAUUGAGCAUGUGCAAAAGCUUUUGAACAUCAAUUUCCUAAGCUAUGCAACAAUGACAGUUUCAGCUCUUCCCAUGCUUAUAAACAGUGGAGGAAGCAUAGUAGUUGUUUCAUCUUUGGCAGGCAAAAUUGGCUUCCCAUUGACUGUUCCUUAUUCUGCAACAAAGUUUGCACUAGAGGGAUUUUUCAACUCUUUGAGGCAGGAAUUUGUUAUGCAGAACAUCAAUGUUUCCAUCACGCUCUGCAUCCUUGGACUCAUCAACACAGAAAAUGCCAUGAAAGCAGUAUCUGGUACAUUCACUCCUCCACCUGCCCCAAAAGAAGAAUGUGCACUAGAAAUCAUUAAAGGGGGCAUUCUGCGGCAGCGGGAGAUUUACUAUAAAUAUAUAUAUACAAAGAUCCCUACACUUUUGCGAGAUUGGGCUCCAGAACUUUUGGACUAUAUGCUUCGGUUAUGUUUUAAUGUGGACAAUCAAAAACAAGAUUAAUAACAAUCUGUCUAUUCGCUGCCUCUGCAUUUUUCUUUUCUGGCUAUGCAAGUUAGAGUUUUUCAAACUUGACCACUUUGAGAUGUGUGGAAAUUGAAGUCCACAGAAUUUAAAUUUACCAAGUUUGAAAAACAUUAAUACAAUCCAUAAAAGAGAAUAUUCAUUGAACUGGGUUGAACUGUAGUGUGCUUGGUGCUCUCUGAACUUGAUUAUUUUGUGGCAGAUGUUUCAUUACCAAACUGAUCUUAAGAUUCACUAUGCUGUUAGACUGUAUAUAGACCCGAAAUCCAGUUCUGUGGCUUGGGAUUUAAGGCUAUCAGUGAUUGAAUUACGGAUAUUUAUAUUCUGGAACAGGACAAAGGAAAUAAAUGUGGAUAUCUUAGAAAAACUCAGUUUAAUGAUAAAUAUUUUGUAUGCUCUUAAAGUGCAUCCAGUUGAUUGUUUCUCUUAAUCUGCAUUCAGAACAAAACAUGGCAUAAAAUGAAAAAAGUUAUAAUGCUGAGUUUCAUAGUUUUGAAUCAAUUCCUUAUGCAGAUUUCUUAUAUAGAGAGGAGGUCCAGCAAAUAAGUGCAAGGUACCCUCUGGCUUGGACUGAUAGGAAGCACUUGAUAGUUAACACAUCUGGUAUUAAACAUUUGGCAAAAAAAAGUACAUUUUUAAAUUUUUCAGUUUUAAAAUUGUUUCAAAAAAAUCAGUUGAAAAUGUUUAUAGUAAUUUUAUUAAAGACAUUAAUUCUAAUUACAAUUAAUGCAAACUAAAACAAAAAAACAAAAAAAGAAAAAAAGAGAGAAAUGGUGAAGAAUGUAAAUAAAGAAAAAGAAAAGAAAUAUAUAAAGUGUCUUUUAAUCUUCAUCAAAGCAAUUUAAGGUUGCUCUUUUUUACUUCUAAUAAUAAUAAUAAUAAUAAAGUUGGAAGGGACCUUGGAAGUCAUCGAGUCCAACCCCCUGCUCAGGCAGGAACCCUACACCAUUUCAGACAAAUGGCUGUCCACUUUAGUCCAUUCAGAUAAGGUAAUAGAGCUUGAUUUCUUCAUUUUUUCUUUGCCUUCUUGUCUUUCUUCUUAUGAGAUUCUUCAAAACUUUAAUAAACCACUUUUGCAAAUCUAAUAUAGGAAAAAUAUCCAGAUUGCUUUCUUGAUUUAUUGUUUGUAUGUUCCUUUUAGUUAUUAAAACAUCAUCCAGUUUCUUUUGUAUGUUCAUCUUUUUCCAUGCCAUCCUUGUAGCCUGUCAUUUGUAAAUCCUCUUUCAGUCUUGUCAGAUAAAAUUUGCUCCUCUUCCAUAACAUCUUUUAGACACAGUCUCUCCAUAGAGGCAUAUGUGUCUGUUGACACUAUUAAUGCUAAUUUUUGAUCCAAUUUUUUCAAAAAUAUCAUUCAAUAUGUCCAAAGUUAGAAUAUUUUGCUCCAUUCUGAAAUUGUACAUCUAGUUUAUGUGUUCUCCACAUUAAAUUCAAAUCUUUAGUUCCCUCUAGUGUCCAUUUUUUAAAAUCUUAUAUUCUGUUUUUUAAAAAAUAUAACAAAAAGGCAUUUCUCUAAUGGGAAGGAUUCUUUAUAAUUAAUUCCAAAAUGUUAUUUCAAAUUUACCUGGACUGUUAGUCCAUUUAUAAUUUUCUAAAAUCAAAUGUUUAAUCAGCGUUUUUCUGUUUAUUCUCCAUUUUUUUAAGUUCUUAAACUUGUAGUUAAAACUUUCUUUUGAUAAAGACUGAAGAGAAACUCAUCCAGUGCUAUCAAACUUGUCAAUACAAAGGUGUCCAAAAACUGAAAAGCAAUUUACAAGCAAUUUCUGAAAUUGAUUAGAAAAGGAUGCAAAGUCAGUAUCCUUUUAAAGACACUGGCCACAGUUUGAGCUCAGAUGUCUAUCUGUGGGCUCUUCAUUGCAUACCAUGGUCAUUGCUUCUCUUUUUAGUGGAACUGUCUUCAGCCCACCAUUUCUUCCUCCAGAAGUCCCAGGAAAUAUUUUAUACUGAGUAAUUUGUAAAAGGAAUACAUAAAAAGACCCUGGCUCUAGUCCACCUCAGCCAUGGAAAACCUACUGGGUAAUCUUGAAUUAAUCACUAUCUCUCAACCCAACCUAUUCCACAAAAUAGUUUUUGUGGGAGAAAUGGGGGCAGGUGUGUGUGUGUGUGUGUGUGUGUGUUAAAACUGUAAAAGGAGGACUGCCCCAAGGCAAUGUGUGCUUGUGCAAAAGGGAAGAGGCUUUGGCCAGUGCUAUUUUUGUCAUUGUGAAAAAAGCACUGGAUCUUUCAGACAUCUCUGCUCAGAUUUGAAAAUAUUGUUAAAAACUGAAUAAGGUUUAUGUAAAAUGACAGUUUGAAUUUAAAAAAUAGUUGUAAGAAUUUUCCUCCAAAUGUAUUUAGGUUAUAUGUUAUACAAUGGACAUAACAAGACUCAGAAUUGAAACUUAUGUAUAAAUAUAUUCUCAACAUAUUUUUUGAAAGCCCUUACAUUUAAAGGUUUACAUAAAAUUUUAUAUUAACAAUUCUUUUUAAAAAGAAUUUUGUGCAUCCAAUAUUUACCACUGCUGGUGCUGAAAUUUACAAAUAAUAAAUUUGAACUAUAUCAGUGAGUUGAUCUUGAAGUAUAAUGUAACUUUUGAAACUUAAUUGUGUCCUAAACAAAAGAAGGAAUUAAGAAAUAAAUACUAUAUAGCUCAUUACUCAAGGGAACCUAAUUGUAAAUAAGAAAAAAUAUCCAUAUCAUAUGGUUCAUCAUCAUACAACUUCCUUCCACUUCCAUUUAGCUAUUUGAACUGCCCAUUAUAUUUGCUUUCAUUUCGUUUUCCUCAUUUUUCUAUUGUUUGUUUCUAACUAUUGUCAAAAACAAAAGGUCAACAGGCCAUCAAGCAUAUUGAUUCCAGACUUUUCAAUCUACUGAGUCUAAAUGAUUAUUUAAAAAAUAAAUGUGAGUUCGAAUUCCACAUUAGGCAUGAAAGUUGACUUGGUUGUUGCUGUGAGAAAGAUAGGUGGGAGUAUCAAAUAUCUUUGCCACUUUGAGUUAUAUAUAGUUGAUAUAGUUCUUGAGACAUUAGAAGUUUUCCUCUAUUCUUAUAUUUCCAUUUCCUGUAAGAAAUAACAUAGAAUAAAGGAAGCUGGGGGGGAGGGGGUUUGAAGGAAAAGAAAUACAAGUUAUCAGGGCUUUUUUUCUCAUAGAAUGCCCAGAACGGAGUUCC